AUGGAAGAAGAUGAGCUCCAAAAAUCCGAGCAGCGGACAAAUUGGGACGGGCGGCGGCUUGUCAAAUACCAAGGGUUUUGGUGUCCGUUGCCGUUUUUCCGACUAGUUUUAUCCGCUCAAAAGCACUUCAAAGCAAAAGCUUCCGACUUAAUACUUUCCUCACUUCCUAAAUCAGGAACCACCUGGUUGAAAGCCCUCACCUUUUCUCUCGCUAAUCGCAAUAUUUACCCCAACAUCGAUACUCAAAGCCCUCUACUCACUAGCAACCCUCACAAAGUCGUCCCUUUUCUCGAGCUAAAUCUUUAUCUAAAUCAAGAAAAUCCCGAUCUCGAAAAUCAAGAAUUUAGUACUACAAGAAUCUUUGCGACCCACGUGCCUUUCGAUGCCCUUCCAAGUUCCAUCUCUAAAUCCGAAUGCAAGAUUAUCUACAUCUGCAGAAACCCUUUGGACCAGUUCAUCUCGUUCCGCCAUUUCUCUCUCCAAAACAAGUUCGGGGAAGAAGACCACCAUGCCGGCCCGCUUGAGUUGGACGGGGCUUUCGACAUGUUUUGCGAUGGGGUCCAUCCGUUCGGCCCGUUUAGCGAGCAUAUGAUUGGAUACUGGGAUGCCCACUUGAAGAAUGCUGACAAGGUGUUGUUCCUCAAGUAUGAGGAUUUGAAAGACGAUAUUGCCCUUCAUGUAAGGAAGAUUGCCGAGUUUAUGGGGUGCCCUUUCUCUCUGGAGGAAGAAGAACGGGGUUUGGUGGAGAAAAUAUCUAGGGUUUGCAGCUUCGAUAACCUCAAGAAUUUGGAGGUGAACAAGAAUGGAUAUUCUGUUAAUGGAAUAGUGAAGAACAGUUCUUACUUUAGGAAAGGAGAAGUUGGGGAUUGGGCUAAUUAUCUUACUCCCGCCAUGGCUGAAAGAAUGGAGAAGGUGAUCAAGAGUAAACUUCAGGGCUCUGGUUUAACACUAAACAUCAACUCCUAA